AUGGGACCUAAUGGCACUCAGUAUAAAUCAAAGCAGUACAGUUCUUCAUCAGAUGGUAGAAAAAAACCCGCGAUUUCCCAGCAGCCUCAGGAAACGCGAUGUUUACUCGCAAUAGAAACAGAGAACUACGCGUGGUUUCGGAAGUCACUUGUAAAAGGAGUGGGAAGUAGGGGAGGGCGAGCUGAAAGCGUACACAGGAAGAGAUCAUUUCGCCGGGAACUGGCACAUGAGUUACUCCGUCCAGCCUUAUCCCCGGGAGCCGCCCCUCCCAGCCCGGGAUUGGCGGGGCGCUGGCCAUCCCGGACGGAGCCGCCCCCCGCGCUGAGCGCGUCGGGCUUCCGCGGCCCCGAGCGGUGGAAGAAAGCCUCCGACUUACGUGGGUGCCACGGCGGGGUGCUUCCGACCGGGGCCCCCGGGGGCCGACCGACUGAGGAAACCGCCGCGGGCCCCGGACCGCAGGCGAACCGCGGGGGAGGCGCAGGGAAGCGCCUCGGAGCGCCGCCGGGGCGGGACGGGCCAGCGUCCCAGCGCUUCAGCCGCGGGCCUUCCCGCGGGGCUCCCCGCGCGAACAGCCGCGACACGCGCGAACAGAGUAGCGCCGGGACCCCGAGCCGGCGGCCCCGCCCACGCAGCCCAGCAGAUGUUUGCGCCGGCCUGGGCCGCUGGCAGGGGCAGCGGGCCGGGGAGGACAGCAGCUGCUUGCCCGCCGGGAAAGAGGAGCAGUCCCUGAGGACGAGGAGGAGGAUGCCGGUCCCGGACGCGCAGGAGCAAGUGAGCAGGCGGGAGCUGCAGGAGGACUCGGAGGCGCUGCUCAGCCAGGCCAAGGGGCUCGGCAGUUACCUCUUCAAUUUUGCCACUGCUGCUACAAAAAAGAUAUCCGAAUCCGUUGCUGAAACAGCACAGACAAUAAAGAAGUCUGUAGAAGAAGGAAAAAUUGACAGUAUCAUUGAUAAGACAAUUAUUGGAGAUUUUCAGAAGGAACAGAAAAAAUUUGUCCAAGAGCAGCAAACCAAAAAAUCAGAAGCUGCAGUGCCUCCCUGGGUAGACAGCAAUGAAGAAGAAACAAUUCAACAACAAAUAUUGGCCUUAUCAGCAGACAAACGGAACUUUCUGCGGGAUCCCCCAGCAGGUGUGCAGUUUAAUUUUGACUUUGAUCAAAUGUACCCUGUUGCACUGGUGAUGUUACAAGAAGAUGAACUUCUCAAUAGGAUGAGGUUUGAUCUCGUUCCCAAACACGUAAAGGAGGAGGUGUUUUGGAGAAAUUAUUUCUACAGGGUGUCCUUAAUUAAACAGUCUGCACAACUCACUGCACUUGCAGCUCAACAGCAAGCAGUAGGAAAAGAAGAGAGCAAAGGCAGAGAAGAGGAUAGUGAACUAAAAGAAACAGUACGACCGAAAACACCACCUGUUACAAUAAAGCCUCAAAUAAAAUCUCAAGAGGAUGAGGAAGAGAUUUCCACAAGUCCAGGAGUAUCAGAAUUUGUGAGUGAUGCUUUUGAUACCUGUAAUCUGAAUCAGGAAGACCUAAGAAAAGAAAUGGAACAACUAGUGCUCGACAAAAAGAAAGAAGAGACUUCAGUAGUAGAAGAAGAAACUGCUGAUUGGGAAAAGGAAUUACAACAAGAGCUUCAAGAGUAUGAGGUGGUGACAGAAUCGGAAAAGCGUGAUGAAAACUGGGAUAAAGAAAUAGAAGAAAUGCUGCAAGAAGAAAAUUAAGCAUUUUCACAAAAUUACUAUAACCCAAAGCUUUUUCUGAAGACUGACAUGGAUUUCUGCUUUCAUAUUUUGCUUACAGAAAUAUCUUCAAAAGACAUAAAAGAAUCUAAAAUCAUUAUAAUUCCAUAUGGGAAUACAACUAGUAUUUCUGUUCUUUAUAUGAGCAGUUUCUGAACUUCUAUAUUCUUCAAAAGAAAAAAAGAGGAGGCAGACACUGCAAGUUAUAUGCCAUAAUUAAAAGUGAUAACAUUAAUACAUGAAGCAACAGUUCAUGUUUUUAGGUGGUCAAGAAGCUCUUCAAAGAGAUUUCUAAAUACAAGAAUCAAAUUUUUUUUUGCCUACAGCCUUCUGUUUAGGAUGUAAAAAUGGGUGUUGUAAGUAACUUAGUCCUUGAAAACAAUUCUCUCUUGACAUUUGCACUCUGGUCCCUGUAUAAUCUGUAAAUGUGUACUAUUUUUGAGGUACUUGUAGCUGGUAGCUUUCAUGUGUAUUUAACUUCCUUAAUGUAUGUAGCCAAUCAAUUUGUAGAAAACUCUAUUGAAUAACUUUCAAUGAUUUGUUAAAAAAUACUAAUGCAGACUCCAAAAGAAGCUGAUUAUUUUUCAGUCAGGUGGCAAACAUUUAAGUAUUUAAAUAAGGAUAGAAUUAGUAACUGCUUGAAUUAAAUUUGUUUUUGUUAAAUCAUCAUAUUAAGAUAUUGCCUUUCCCCACAGAGAGAAAUAGCUUAAUGCAUUCUCUCUGCAGAAGGCUGUUAUGUUUCCAUUUAAUUUUGCUGUCUGAGCUGAGAGCAAAUUAAAUGUUCCUCUUUAAGUGCUGAAACAUUUAUGUAAAAACUUUUGCUGGUUUGGACACCUUUAUUAAAUACUGUAGAUAUGUAUAAAA